ACCAGGUGUCACCUGGCUCCUCCUCUGUGUGCAGACACCGGGCAAGCUCUCUUGAGUGAGUAGCUAUUGGAGCUGGACCUCCAUCUCUGAAGCCCUUCUGCUUCUGCUGAGACUGAAGCCAUGUGGUUUGCCUUUCUCCUCCUGCUGUGGCCGGGCCCUGUGAUUCCAAACCAGAAGACGGGCAGUUGUUCCCACCCCCAGCCUCUCUGCUGCCUGGGAGCAGAUCACCGCUGCCAGAGAGGAAGCUGCUAUUGCGAUAAAUUCUGCCUCGUGGUAUCAGACUGCUGUCCAGACCACAGGACCCUCUGCAACCCUGGUGACCAUGCACACCCACCUCCACCCCGGGCACAGCUGGAUGCCGUAACCCACAGAGCCUCUCACACUCCCAAGAUGGUGCUACAGAUGUUGCUGAGGACGGAGAGUCCACUCGACUCAGCCAGGAACCAUCAAGAUUUGGUACAAACCACGGUGAGUGCCCUGGGGGUGGGGCAGCAUCCUCUACUAGGCCUCAAGCCUCGGCAGACUUCUAGGACUUCAAGUAAGGCAAGGGGGAGGGGGAGGGGAGGUGUUGUGCUUUAUAAAAAGGAGGAAUCAGGGAUAUGUUUUUGUAAUGCAAGGUUGGGUGACGUUGGAGAGGUGCCACGGAGGGGAGGGCCCAUGCUGAGGCAUCCCUUCCCCCCUGGGGUACCAGCCAUAAGACAAUAUACUACGGAAUUGAGUUUAUUUGGGGAGGGGAAGGGGAGGUUGAUGAGGGAGUAGAAAUAGAAAGGCAGAGUGAGAAAGAGAGAGAUAGAGAAGAGAGGGAAGGGAAGAGAAGAGAGGAGAGGAGAGGAGAGGAGAAGAGAGGAGAGGAGAGGAGAGGAGAAGAGAAGAGAAGAGAAGAGAAGAGAAGAGAAGA